CAUGAUCUGCACCCUCUGAACUCUGACACUGACCUUCUGCCCUGAUCUGCCAGACCAAGCCAUGUCUAGACAAGAGGCCCAAGCCCCAAGGACCCAGGAGCUGCCCCCAGAGGUGCUGGCAGAGCAGGUGGAACUAUGGUGGUCCCAGCAGCCGCGACGCUCAGCGCUCUGCUUCGCCGUGGCCGUGGGCCUCGUGGCGGGCUGUGGGGCAGGCGGUGUGGUGCUACUUUCCUCCACCAGCAGCCGUUCCGGUGAAUGGCGUCUGGCAGCAGGCACCGUGCUCUGUCUGCUGGCUCUGCUAGUUCUGGUGAAGCAGCUGAUGAGCUCAGCCAUCCAAGACAUGAACUGCAUCCGUCAGGCCCACCAUGUGGCACUGCUACGCAGUGGUGGGGGCGCCGAUGCCCUUGUGGUGCUGCUCAGUGGCCUGGUGCUGCUGGUCACAGGCCUGACUCUGGCCGGACUGGCCGCCGCCCCUGCUCCUGCCCGGCCACUCGCCGCCAUGCUGUCUGUGGGCAUUGCCCUGGCUGCCUUGGGUGCACUCCUGCUGCUGGGCUUGCUGCUGUAUGAGGUGGGCGUGAGUGGGUACUGCCCCCCCAUUGGUGUGACCACACCCCCCACCCACAGUGGACACGGCGGCAGUGGCAGCAUCUUCAGUGUCUCAGGACAGUUGUCUGCCGGCCAGCGCCAGGGGACUACCUCCAGCAUCGCCAACCUCCUCUGA